AUGAUCAAAUAUCAUAGUUAUGAAUGGAAAAAGAAAAAUCAAAGGCGAUUUUGGUGUUGGAAUUACGCUUAUGAUUUAUCACCAUUGCUGGGACUUUCGUGGCUUGUAACUUUAAAGGACUUCUUCGGUAUAAAACCAAUAAGUUUGGAUGAUGAUCCAAUUAAAGUACUUUUUAAGGCCUGGUUGUUGCGCAAGAAAAGCCAUUACGAUGAAGCAGUUGAGGAAUUGCAUAAAGCGCUAGGAUUAGCUGAAGAGAAAAAACAAAGUAUACCAAUAACCAGAAUUUAUGAUGAACUGGCAAAUACUUACUAUGAAAUGGGCAAUUUGAAAGAUGCGGAGACGCUAUUCCGUGUUCUUCUUAAAAGACUAGUUGAAUUGCAUGGGAAGCAUCAGAAGGAUCCAGAAUUCAUUGCAGCAAGCCUUAAACUGUCUGAUAUUUAUGCACAAAAAAAUGAAAUCGAUAAAGCUGAAACUGGUUAUCAGUUCUGCACCUCUACGCAAAACAAGAUUGUGGAAGAGCAUGUAAGAAAUUAUUCUUCCUCUGGUGAAAUUGAGACUGAUUUUCGUAAUAAUGUUGAACAGCAUGGUACUGUUUAUACAGAUCCUCUUUCUUUAUUUGGAAUGUGUCUUGAACAGUAUGCUCAUUUUCUUGUUAAAUAUAGAGAUGAAUCUCGAUUGAAAGAAGCUGAAAAUUUCAUGGAUGAAGCUGUUCGAUUAUCUCAUCACAUAUUUGGUCCAGCUUCGUUUCAUACAGUUAACAUGCUCAAUAAUUUUGGUGCUGUAUUGAUAAACAAAAAUAGGUUCGAGUUGGCUCGUAAAUUUUUAGAAAUAGGCAUCGAUCGGAUAUUAUAUAUAAAUGAAUGUAGUUCAUUGGUGCCUGGAUAUUUUUGCAAUUAUGCGGAAGCUUUAUUUCACUGCGGAGAAAAGUAA